GGAUCUAGGUCGAUACAGGCACUUUUACUGUGGUUUCUGUCACUCAAAGAGACAAAGCAGUUAACGGAGCCUGGUCAUGUAUGUCAAGUCCAUACUGUGGAUCCUGAUCUUCAUCUCUGUCCUGGAGGGUGAGUGUUUCAGUGAAUCCCUGCAGGAGGCAGAGUAUGAAUAUGAAUAUGAAGAUAUACAGCCUCUGAACUGUUCAACCACAGAAAGCAUCAAAGGUGGACAAGUCACCUACUCACAGGGAGGACUGGAGGGCAGUGUGCUGACCUAUCACUGUGGCGCGGGGCGAUAUCCGUUCCCCGUCAGCUACAGGACCUGUGGUGCUGAUGGAGACUGGUCGCCCAUGAGAUUAACCAGUGGCAGACCAGUGUCACAGGCCACAUGCAAAGAUGUGAUGUGUCCAGCCCAGCUUCAGCUGGAUCAUGGCGACUUCUGGCCCAGGGAUCACUGGCUCCGUGUUGGGAUGACACAAAGCUUCUCCUGCCAGGAUGGGUUCACCUUGUAUGGGUCAGCCCAGAGAAACUGCACCCUCUCUGGGGAGUGGACAGGAACCACACCUAUUUGUGAUAACCAUGCUGAUGAGUGUGAUGACCCAGGGAUCCCACCUGGCGCCCAAAGGUUAGCAGGCCGGUUUUACGAAGGAGAGAAAGUGACCUACAGGUGUCAGUCGGGUCUGGAUCUACUUGGGUCAGCUGAAAGGGUUUGCCUGGAAAACAGGGAGUGGAGUGGCUCAACUCCACGCUGCCAAGGUCCAAAUACCUUUGACUCCCCCAGUGCUGUGGCAGAAGCUAUGGCAGGGUCACUUGCAGGAGUUAUGGAUGUAUUCUCAUCAGACUCUAAAAAGAAAAAUGAAAGCAUGUCCCUUGGCCGAACCAUCCGUGUAGAUAAGGACAGUCGUAUGAACGUCUACAUUUUACUGGACACAUCGGGAAGCAUCAAAAAACACAACUUUGAAAUGUCCCGGAACGCCACCAUCGCUCUUAUCAGAAAGCUGGAUAGCUACGAGGUACAGCUCAAGUUCCAUGUGGUGUCAUUUGCCAGUACGGCUAUAGACAUUGUGAAGAUCACAGACUUGGAUAGUCAUAGCACCGAUGACAUCAUAGACGCUCUGAUGCAGUUCAAAUAUAGCAGUCACGGGAAGAAGACAGGCACCAACAUGUUUGUUGCGCUGCAGCGUGUCAAUGAGAUGAUCAGUUUCUUUAAACAAAACAGGGUCAAGUACCAUUUUAAUGAGACUCAGAACAUCAUCAUCAUAGUAACAGAUGGUUACUCCAACACAGGCGAAGCUCCUGAAAAUGCCCUGACCUUGAUCCGUCACUCGCUGGACUACUAUAACAAAGAGCAAGAUAACUCUCAUGAGAGACUGCUGGAUGUCUAUGUAUUUGGUGUUGGGGACCAAGUGAACAGAAAAGAGUUGAAUGCCUUAGCCUCACAUAAACGUGAUGAAGAACACGUCUUCAUUUUGGAAGACUUCAAUAAGCUGGGACAGGUGUUCAAUAAAAUCAUUAGUGACAAGAGUGUAACAGCGUGUGGGAUAGCUCAGGAACUGGACCUGGACAUGGUGAAGGGUGACGAAGUCUACACCAGGCCGUGGCAUGUUAUUUUGAAACCACCAGUGGGACUGGGAGACAAGUGUUCUGGAUCCAUCCUGAGCGAGAAGUGGGUGCUGACAGCUGCUCACUGCUUUGCCAAAACGAGUGCAAAUGAAAUCACUUACCAAGUGACGAUACAUCAUGGUGGUGGCACAGUGGAGUCCAAAAAAAUCUUCAUGCACCCCAAGUACAACGUCUAUGCACUUAAACACAGAAAUGUAUCAGAGUUCUAUGACUACGACAUAGCCCUGAUAGAGCUGAACAACAGUAUCCCGCUGUCCUGGAAGGCCAGACCUAUCUGUUUGCCGUGUACUGUACCAGCCAGCCGAGCCUUGAAAAAAAUCAACUCUACCUGUCAGCAGCACAGAAAGGAACUUCUACAACACGAGGAGACCGCAGCCUUUUUCCUCCAUACAAAAUCACAUCUCACAGACUCACAGCGCAAAGUAACGCAUAUUCACACAGAGAGACAGAGGGCUGGCUGUGUGGAGAAGGCCAGGCAAACACUAAAAGAGCCCACCAAUGUCACUUUGGAUGAGUAUAUUCCCAAAAGAUUCCUUUGCACUGGGGGCACCUCGAGAUACCAAGACGCAAUCAGCUGCAAAGGUGACUCUGGUGGAUCCCUUGUUCUGCAAAAACUGAAUCGCUACUUUCAGGUGGGAGUACUGAGCUGGGGCACCACAAAUGUAUGUGACAGAGCAGAUCCAGCUCUGAAAGGGUACAGCAGGGACAGGCCACCCCCUAACGCACGAGACUUUCACAUUGACGUCUUCCAGAUACUGCCUUGGCUGAAAAAGCAUCUAGGUGAGGAGAUCCAGUUCCUGCCUGGGGCUGACCAAGGCUUUCAUUAAGACACGAUAACAAAACACAG